UCCCGGCCAAGGGAAGGGCUGAGCGGAGCGACGGUGAGAAUGAGAAGGGGGCUGGAGCGCUUUUGCUUUCGGAAUCGGGAGGCUUCAGAGAUGGCAGGAAACUCUACGGCCACGCUGGCUCUUUCCCAGCCGGGUGAAGAAGUCAAGCCUUUUACUCCAGGAGAAGCCAAAGAAAUUGUGAUGUCUCUGCAAGAACCUGCAGUAUUCUGUAACAUGGCUUGUGAUUGGCCAGCACUUCACUGGAAUGUUACUUACCUUGCCAAGCUGUUGGCUGGAAAAAGAAUCCUUUUCAGGAUGGGGAUGAAAGACAUGGGCACAGCUCCUCUGUUUGAAACCAAGUGCAGUUACGUGGAAGCUACACUUGAAGAGUUUCUGGCCUGGAGUUUAAGAGAGCCUUCUUGCUCUUCUGGACCAUUCAGUGGUUAUGAGUCGUGUAAAUACUGGGCCUACGCUGACUAUAAAUAUAUUGCUAGCCUAUUUGAAGACAAUCCGGAAGAAUUCAAGGAUGUAAGAUGGUCUGACUUUGGAUUUUCUGGAAGAGAUGGAAGGGAGAGCACUCUGUGGGUUGGCACAUCAGGAGCAAACACUCCUUGUCAUUUGGAUUCCUAUGGGUGCAACUUAGUGCUGCAAGUGCAAGGAAGGAAAAGGUGGCAUCUGUAUCCACCUGAAGAUUCCAGUUUUCUUUAUCCUACUAGAAUUCCUUACGAAGAAUCCAGUGUGUUCAGCAAAGUCAAUGUAGUCAAUCCUGAUCUGAAAUGCUUUCCGCAGUUUAAGAAAGCACAAACCCGUAUAGUUACAGUGAAUCCUGGCCAGAUCCUGUUUGUUCCCAGGCACUGGUGGCAUUAUGUAGAAUCCAUUGACCCCAUCACUGUGAGCAUAAACUCUUGGAUUGAACUGGAUACAGAUCAUGAGGCUCGUGUAGAAGAGGCAAUAACUCGGACGCUGAUAUGUGCAAUCAAAUCUGCAGACCAUCUCAGCACUUCAGAUUCCUGGCUCAACCCCACAGAGACUGACGUAACGUCCCACAAAACCAAUCUUCAAUACUUAAAUGCAGCUGUUUCUGGAUAUCUAGAACAUCAGAAGUUAAAAAAAACUGAACACAGAGUUCCUGGAACUCCUAAUACUGAAGAGACAUUUGAAGGCUCACAUAAAAGAAGAAAAGUUCAAAUGGAUGCAGACGAGAGCUUCAAACUGAUGCCCUGUGAAGCUAAUCUUGCAACCAUCAAAACAAAAAAGCUGGAAAAAAUCCCUUUUGGACAGAAUCUCUUGAAGGUUUUGCUUCAGUCUCAGCAAACAAACCCGACGGAAACUGUUGAAAGUGACUUCAAAGACUUCCUCAGGGAAAACGAAGGACACUUGGAAAAACCGCACUGUGCAGGGACAACAUCGGUAACGAAUAACAACUCUGGAGCAGUUGUUGAUCAGAAGGAUCCAAGCAGUACCGCAAGUUCCACACGAGCAGGCAUUUGUACAAAUGACUUGCUAGAUUGUGUGCUAAGUCCACAAGUCGUCAGUAUAGUGGCUCGCCUUUUGUUGGAGAGAGCAAGACUUGCUUAGUGUCAGCCUCCUUGUCCUUUUGCACAGCUGGAGAGGUUUUUUUAAAAAAGUUCUCAUACUAAGUAUUGUCUCGUAGCAUUUUCUAAAAGCUCAGCCUUCCAACAGCAUAGCGGCAAAGUGUGUCAGCACUCCCAACAGCAUCCGCAUUUUGAGGGUAUGUAAAAAUUACGUGGCAGAAAUAACAGUGCACGUAGCAUUUCACACAUAUUAUCUUAAUAAUAUUUAUUACAGUUCCGGUCAUUCGUUUUUGUUAUUGCUGUGUUGCUGAUGCGGAGAGAGAACAGAUCGUUCCUGAAGUUCAUGAUUAAGCCAGGUUUGUAGCUCAUGUUCUGAACCAUUAUGCUGCACAAAUACUGUCACGUCCCCCAUUUAACCUAUUGAUAUGCCCAAUAUAGAUGACUUAGGGAAAUCUGGGGCACAGCUGUACAGAGUUUUGUUUUGCUUUUGAAUCUGGGAUCAGGUGUUCUCCUUGUUCUCGGAAUCUCCCGAGACUCAUGCCUCGUACCGCUUCCCAGCAGAAGGUAACUAGUAUGUACCACAACAUCAUCACAAGGGAACGAUGAAUUAAUUCAAGACGUUUGCUUACUGUGUUCGUAGCAGUUUGCUUGUUUGUUUGUUUUGAAGGGAGAAGAUUUCUUCUUAGCCUCUAGUUUGAUGCUAACGCCCUAAAAGCCUAGUUUUGAUUUUCGUCGACAGUAAAGCACUCCAGUCUACUGUACCUUAUUGUCACAGAGAUUCAGAUCCACGCACCAGUUUCUUCCAUCCACAAUGAUAAAAAGCAACACAGAGGAUUUUGUCAUGCUAAUUAACGGUAAAGAAAUAUUGUUUUCCCCUUAGGCACCAUAUUGUUUUAGUGGGCUACCCCCAGAGUUUCAUAUGUGCAUCUGUAUUCAUAAACACCUGUUCUCAACAGCACUGAACAGGGUGUUUACCAAUACAGACAAAAACCUUAUAUCUUAUCACAUCUCUUUUACCCCCAGAGUUUCAUAUGUGCAUCUGUUCUCAUAAACACCUGUUCUCAACAGCACUGAACAGGGUGUUUACCAAUACAGACAAAAACCUUAUAUCUUAUCGCAUCUCUUUUCUUUCAGUAGCAUUCGCUUGAUAAAGGUCUUUGCGGAGCGAUUUCCUAAAAUUUUUCCUAGGUAAAAGCUUGCUAUACACACCUGGUAGGAUCCAAUGCUGUGAAGAACACAGCAGGUCUGAAAAUCUAUUGGUUAGUCCAGGCUUUAUUGGUAUAUUCCUCUGGCAGAUUUCCAAAGAAGGAAGAAAGAAAUGGGUAAAAUAAAUAGGUACAUUUCCCACCCCCCCUCUGGCUCUCAGCAAGAGUUUGUUCCUAGAUUUUUUGGAAGUUGGAUUAAUUGUCCUAGAACGUCAAGAGUAAAGGGAUUAAUGUCCUGUGACCUACUGGUUGUUCUUGUUAGGGAUAUAUCGCUGAAUGAUCUCUGCAGUAGUUUUACCAUACAAAACAGUAAGAAACUGUUAUAAUCCUCUGCAGUUUUUUAAAAAUGUCUUGCUUUACCUGCAGCAAUGGUACAGAAUGAUAGUGGCUACAAUCCAAGUUAGGCAUGUUUAAGCCUGUUUUCGCUGGCACUUAAAUGUGCAUCGUAUUGUAUUGCAGUGGAAUAUAGUGACAUUUGGGUCUAGUCUUUUUAAAUGGAAUUCUCAGUAAAAAGGAGUCCACAA